AUGGUUAAUAAAUAGGGCUAAACUAGACUUGCAUAAUAUUAUAAUAGUCUGUCUGUUUAAGAAAGAACAACGUUAGAAGGUGAAUUAGUUAGAAAAUGUUUAUCAAGAAAUAAUACAUAAUGUUCUUUUAUUGAACAUAGAAAUUAUAAAGUAAUUUAUAGGAGAUAUGCUUCAUUAUAUUUUAUAGUCGGAGUUGAUAUUGAAGAAGAAAAUGAAUUAGCAUAUUUUGAAUUUAUACAUACAUUAGUAGAAACGUUAGAUAAAUACUUUGAAAAUGUCAUUAUGUUGAGUUUACAUAAAGCACAUUAUAUUUUAGAAGAAAUGGUAAUGAAUGGAUAAAUUGUUGAGACAAAUAAAACUCUUAUUUUAGCUCCUUUACAUGUUUUAGAUAAAAUAGGCGAAUGA